UGAAGUCCUCCGGAACUAACACUUGCACUGUGUAAAUGGAAGUAGGUGGAGUAAAAAUGUAUUGUAUUGAAAGUAAUGUUUAUUUCUGAAUUGGUAACAGUUGGAUUAUAACAUUCAAUUGACCGGAUUAUUGACCUUUUUUUAAACCAGAGGGGAUCAACUGCUCCACGAUAAAUAAUGAAACAUACCGUUGAUUUUAAAGAAUGCCUAAAAGACUCACCAAAGUUUAGAGCCUCUCUUGAAGAUGCUGAAAAUGAUAUUGAAGCUUUGGAAUCUCGAUUGGAUAAGCUUGUAAAACAGUGUACUGCAAUGAUUGAAGCUGGUAAAAUGUUCAGCAACGCAUCCAGUGGUUUUGUUGUUGGUGUCAGGGAUCUGGCCAAUUAUUUCAAUGACGAUACUCUUGUGUCGGAUAAUGCUAAAGUGUCUACAAGUUUAAGUCGUUUUGCUCAUGCUAUGUCUGAGAUGCUCAAAUAUUUUAAUAUUUUAAUGGACCAAGCUCACAGAUCUAUUUGCAAGAACCUGAACAAUUUCAUUAGAAUAGAUAUUAAGAAAGUGAAGGAGACCAAGAAACUGUUUGAGAAAAUCAGUGAUGACAUGGAUGCAGCUUACAUUCGCAACUCUCAGGCCCCCAAGUCCAAGCCCCAGGAGUGUGAGGAGGCUAACAACACUCUGACUGCCAUGAGGUCUUGCUUUGCUCACACGUCAUUAGAUUAUGUCUUUCAGGUGAAUGUGCUCAAUUCCAAGAAAAGAUUUGACAUACUUGAUACAAUGUUGUCUUUCAUGCAUGCACAAAAUACAUUUUUCCAUCAAGGGCAUGAUCUAUUCAGAGAUUUGGAAACCACAUAUAUGAAAGAUAUAGCAGGACAGGUGGAGGAGUUAAGUAGCAAGGCCAAGAUAGAGAGAAAAGAAAUGGAGGAGAGACACACACUAGUUCAACAGAAGGACCUCAGUACAAGUAGUCUACUCCAGGGAGAUGGGAAUCUAUUACAGACUGAAGGGUACCUAUUUAAAAGAAAUAGUAAUGCCUUCAAAAACUAUGUCAGGAGAUGGUUCUGUAUUCAAGACAGUCAGCUGGUCUAUCGUAAACGUACCAAGGACACACUCACAGUCAUGGAAGAUGAUCUGAGGUUAUGUACAAUAAGACAGCCUGUAGACUCAGACAGGAGGUUUUGUUUUGAAGUGCUUUCUCCCACCAGAAGCCACAUUCUCCAGGCAGAUUCAGAUGAGGAAUGUCAGCUGUGGGUGAGUGCCCUGAAUGCCAGCAUCAGUCAUGCUUACAAAGAGACCAUGCACAGCCAGGAAGUGGAAAACAAAAGAAGCAGCACUUCCUCUAAAGAGUCAAGUCAGAGUGACAUGUUACCUGCUGAACCCAAACAAAGCAAAGCAAAAAUCCGAAUGGAGCAACUUCUUACUAUUCCUGGAAAUUCCCAUUGCUGUGAUUGUGGAGCCAAUGAGCCUAGAUGGGCCAGCAUAAACUUGGGCAUCACACUGUGUAUAGAGUGUUCUGGAAUACAUCGUGGUUUUGGGGUACACUUGUCCAAAGUUCGUUCUAUCACACUGGACACCUGGGAACCAGAGCAUCUGAAGGUUAUGCUUGAGAUAGGUAACGAUGUAGUUAACAGAAUUUACGAAGCUGAGGUGGAUGAAACAAUUGCUGCGAGGGCCACACCUGACUGUAACAGGACUGUAAGGGAAAGUUGGAUACGAGCCAAAUAUUUCCAAAGAGCCUUUAUUAAAAAACUUCCAGGUGUGAACAAAUCCAAUGUCUCGAGAAAGUGGAGUGUCAGAAAGAAGACCAGGAGAUCCUCCUCUCAAUCCUUUUUGAAGACCUCUCGCAGUGGUGGGGAACUGAAGGAUUCCGCCUGGUCCAGAAACAGAGUGGUUUCUGAAGAUUUGUCCUCAGAACUUUUGGAAGGUGGAGAAACUGGGGCAACUGGAGCUGUGCUGUCAGUGUCCAAUGCAACCCUCAUGGAGAAACGGAGCUUCAAGAACAAUGCUAGGGAGGAACAAGCUUCUGGGGAUGUAGCAGGGAUUGUAUUUGGCGAUGAUCCUCCACUGUUUGUGGCUGGGCUGAACAAGAGCCUUGACCUUGAAAGUUCAGAUGAGUCCUUACAUGAAUAUGAUGAUGAGGCUUCCAUCAAUGUUGGAGUGGAUGGUGAUGACUUCACUACGUCCUGGGAAGACAUGAGCAAGCUGGAUCCCAAUCUGCUGCUCUAUAAAGCCAGUGCUGCUCGCAAUUUGCCUGUGAUGUUGGAGGCUCUGGCUAACAGUGCAGACCCAAACUGGGUCAACUUAGAGGAAGAUGGAAAGACUCCUAUUAUGAAAGCUGUACAAACUGGAUCUCUCGCUGCCUGUGAAUUUCUUCUCUUAAAUAACGCCAAGCUGGAUCGUAAAGAUAAAAAUGGCAAGACAGCCUUGCAUCAUGCCACCAUUCUUGGUCACACAGGACAAGUUUGUCAGUUUUUAAAAAGACGUGCUGACCAGAAUGCUAAGGAUAACCAAGGACAGACACCACUUGAUAUCGCUGUAGCCAAUGCCAACGCAGACAUUGUUACAUUGUUGAGACUUGCUAAGCUGAAUGAUGAAAUGAAAGAAUCUGAUGGCUACUUAGGGAAUCCAGGAGAUGAAACUUUUCAGGAUGUGUUCCGAGAUUUCACUAAUAUGGCCUCCAAUAACCCCGAAAAGCUGAAAAGAAAAUAGUAGCUUGAACUGAUUUUUAUUUGACUUUUUUUUCAAUUUUUGAAUGUCAUUUUAUUGACUCAAAUUGAAUGUCAUUUUAUUGGCUGUCAUAUUGAAUGUCACUUUAUUGACUGUCAUGUUGAAUGUCAUUUGAAAUACCAUCUUAUUGACUGUAAUUUGGAGUGUCAUUAAAAGUAUUUGGUAUGAGUUUACCAAGACAUGUUCAAGUGUAGUGAGUGCACCUUCUGAUCAACUGCUAAGUGUACAGGAUUGUGUUGUUUAUGUGUAUUGUGAUAUUCUAUUUUGAUCCAUUUUUUUAAAUAUUAUUUUCAUCUGAAAACAAAAAUACUGAUGCCUCCUUUUGGUGUAACAAGUAUAACACAUCCUCCAUGUAUAGAAUGGCCCUCCUCACAUUACCAGGCACCAAACUCUGAAUCGGGGGACACUUUUGAGUAUUCCCUUCCAUCUCAUUGAAUGAGGUGAUGCUGUAACAUGGCUAGACAGAUGAUUGGCAGAAGAGUUGGAAGGCAAUCAUCCUCUAGUUCAGGCUGAUGUGCCUGCUGGUUACUUGAGAUGGGCUACUUGUUUUACAACAUGUACACAUUUGUCAUGUAUGUAAAUUCUAUUUAGAUUAUCAGUGUUGGCAAGUCUUCCUUCAGAGUCUGUUUACUUAUUCAUCUAUUAAUUAGAAAGUGAACAUUUUCUAUUUCAUUUGUAAACCAUUUAUGCAAAGUAACUAUAGAUCCAUGCAAUCCAGUUUAAGAAAUGUAAGUACCAUGAUUUUAUACAAUCUGCAAAGAAGUGCCUCAUGUGUGAGUCUAAUUACGUGCUUUCAUCAGAGCUCCAUUAGAUUGGAACAUAAAAUUUCAAUUCAUUUUGUACUUGAUAUUUUCUUUUCAAAGAAUAUAAAACGCAACUUAUUUUGUAAAUGUUUUUUUUUUCGUUUGUAGGAAACUUGUAAGAAAGAGUGACAAAAAAAUAUUUGGCUUUGAAAGGCUUUAAGACCAUGUCUCUCAUCUGUUUCUAAAGUACUUUCAUGAUUGAUAAAUGAUUGUUUUUUGUGAAUGAAUUCAUUUCAUCAGUUUUCUUUCUACACAGUUUCUGUCAUUUAGCUGCUAGAGAGUUUACUGGCUUAAAAACUGCAAGAACAUGGAAAUAAAGUUUGAUCAUAUUUAGAUAGUGAUAGAAUUGUUUUGUUUAAAAGCUGACAUAACAUUUUGUUUAUAUUUAUGUUAUCAGACUUUUAAAAUGUAUUACAUAUAUAGGUCAGUCUUCUAGCUGAAUUUUUUUCAAGGUUUGUUGUUGAUUUAUCUAAGAUUUCCUAUUGAAGCAAAUUGGAUAAGAUAAUAGUCUGUUUGUAUUUCAGAUUGGUUUCAAAACUUAUUUUUUUAACUAUCAUUUUAACUGUCAUUUUGGAAACGUUGACUUGAUUUGACUGGCCUCAUUUCAGUUUUUACUAAAAGAUCUUUCAAAACAAUACAUCACAUUAAUUCUCCACAAAAUUAUAAAACAAUAAAAAAAUCAGAGUUUUUUUUUUUUGCCUGGGCCAUUUUUAUAUUUGUUCAAUAGUUGAUCUUGUUAAAAUGGAUGCUUCUACAUUUCCAAAAUUAACCAAAAAUUCAUCUGUGAUGAAUGAUUUAACAUUGAUAUCAUUUAUUUUUCUCCUAUGUCUUUAAUAAACUAAAAAAGUGAAAUAAAACAAAUAGUGAAAUUAAACAAAUAGUGAGAUAAAUGACAUUCACAGUUGAUAUAAAAACAAAGUUUUAAAACUGAAUACAUAAAAAAAAAAAAUUUCUGAAAAUCUUUUUUUUUCCCUUGCUUGAAAACCUUUUUGUAAGUCUUGUAUUAACUGAUUUCACAUCACUGUCAACAAAUGUCACACAUUUGUUUUGUCAUUUUAUAAAUAUAUCUACUCUAUAUUCAUAUUUAUUUUUUCAUGCUUUUAAUUUUUAUUUCAUAUGAAAUACUGUCAAAGUUAUAAACAUCUAGACCUGUCAACUAAUCACAUAAAAACAAUUAUUUCAAUUUUUUUUUUUCAGUUAAUAAAAAAACAAAAGGUAAAAAAAACUAAAUGGAUUUUUUAGUUUCAACAUUAAAAAUACCACACAGGUUGCAGCAAUAGGUCAUACACAACACAGCAUCAUGCAGUCAUUUCAACCUUUAUUAUUUUGAUAUGCACUUUUGUGAAUAUAUACCUGUACAUAUGAAUUUCACAAUAUACUCAGAGACCUGCUUAGCUUUGUUCUACUGGUCUUUUUAUAGUUUUGUCUUUCUUAUAGACAUGAUCUUUUUAUGAAGAUUUUUUUUUGUUUGGUUCUAAAUUAGUUCCUCAUGCCACAUGAACAAUAUAUUAUUUGAUUUUAUAAUUCAGUGUUUUGAGAUGAAACACAUUUUUAUCUUCAUUUUGUUAAGCACUUUUUCUAAGGAAACACAAACUGAUACUUAAAUUAGCCAAUGAUUUGUUUCUUCGUGUGUCAAUAAUUGCUUAAAAUUCCUUUUUAUUUUAUUUUCAUUACUGUUUAUAGUAAUAUCAUAUUUUCUUUGUAUGUGUUCCAUUGAAUAGAAUCAUACCAGUACAGCCCACAAUUAAUUGUAACUUUAAUCUGGUUAUUUCUUUCCUUUGCCUAGUCAAGUAUGUGCAUGAAUAAUGUGCAAGUUUGUAUUACAUGUGAUCUGGUUUGGUUCUCAACACAUCAGAGACUUUAUUAAAACUUUGUGCUUUUGUUGUUUGUUCACUUUAAAAGUCUUGAGGAAUGCUUUGUUUUUCUUUUAUAUGUAGUUAUUUAUAUUUAGGACAUAUAUAUAUAACUAUCAUUUCAGACUUGUCUAUAUAGUUUGUAUGCAUACUAUAGAAGAAGAAAAUAAAAACUAUAACAGAAUAGAAACAUGAAGGAAUUGUCAUUUUUGAGGUUAAGAACUUUUUGAAUAGAGAAAUUCACUUGUCUAAAAUGUCCCUAUAUAAUUAAACGAAGUAGAAAUGUAAAUCCUAUAAGUUUAUUAAUGCUGCUCUCUGCGACAAUGUGAGAAACUGUGCAACUAAUAUUCUGUUUCUGAAACAUAAGCUAAUUAUCACAAGAACAUCUUUUAAAAAGAAAAAAGAAUUUUGUAUCACCCAUAGUAAUGGCAUCUUAUCACUCAGUUUUGUUAUUUAUUGAAUCCUUAUAAUCAUCGCUUCAGCCCCUUGAAUUGCUAUCAAGCUUGUUAUUGAGACUACUGCAUGUUUUCACAAUACAUUGAGACAAAGUGAUGUUUUUAUUUCUAAUUCAUUUGAAUUCUUAGGCUUUAACAUUUUAUUUGUGGCUCAAGAGUCAACCAUCUUUUUUUUUUUUUUUUUUUUUAAAUUCAGUUGAUUGAAGUCUGUUUAUUAAAAUACACUCAAAAUAGUGCACAAACAAGUCAAACAAAAAGUCAUAUUUUUACAUUCCAAUUGGUUAAGGUGUUUUAAUUUUUUUUAGGAUGAUUGUGUUAUAUAUACAUUGAUAUAUUGUUGUUAAAUUAUAUUUGAUUCUUAUUUGAAACAUAAAGUGAGAGUUUUUUUUCUUGUGAUGUUGUAGCCUACACUGUCAGCAGAGUGCUACUAUUAAUUUGUCUGUGUGUUUUGACUUGAGUGCUAUUUAUAAAUAUUUAAGCUUACAUAACAACCUUGUACUUAUGUUUAGUUUUCUAACUUUAUUGUGUCUAGUCCUUCAGUUUAUUUUUGUUUUAGCAUUACUUUUACCAAACAGGAUUUGUAGCCAGCGGUGUUACAUUCAAACCUUGCUUGUCUCUAUGUGAGCUAUUUUGGUACAGAGGAGUCAACCUCAGCUACUUUGUCCUUCAUUCAAAAACAAAGUCCUAUUCUCCCCCUUCUCCCAUUAUAGUUAGCCCUAAAAAACUAAUUUGCUCAAUCUUGUAUUCAACUCUAUUAACUUUCUGAUCUUGCCUUGGGUUUCACCUUCAUUUUUAAAGUUUAUCAACAUUGAUACUAAACAUAAAGCCUAUAUUAUUGUCUGUACAAACAAGUCUUUUAAGCUGUUGUAUUGCAGUGAUUAAAACAUUACAGACACUUGUCAUGAAGGUACACACAAUAACUGGAGUGCUGUAGGUUUGUUAUACAAACUCAUUUUCAUUUCUUUGCAAGUUAAAGGAAGUCAAUCUAGAAUAAGAUUAUCAGCAUUUUGUUAUUUGAACUGAAAAUUAGUUUUCUGACUUAGCAGUUCUCAGAGACUAACCUUGUCAGUGCCCCAUGCACUUGUUGUUUUCAAUAUUCCAUCUUUGAAAAGUGAAAUGAAACAAGUUUCUCAACUUAAGUGACAAUGUAUCUAAUAAUGUAUUGGUACCUAAAGAAAUAUAUUCUUCAAUUAGUCAAAAUGAAACAAGUUCUUAUAUCAGUCCACUUCAUGUCUGUCUAUUGUCUGUACCAGUAACUCAAUCUAUAAUUCUGUUUUGUUUCAAACAAUUUGCUUCCCUUGUUUUGUUUUGUUAAUGACUUCAGUCUUGCCAGUAUUUUUUAUUGGAUCUCUCUUGUGUUGACAAACACAUUGGAUAUGGAUGGCAUCGAUGCUGUCAAGCUCCAAGUGUAUGGUCUAGCCCAACUGUUGUUGAACAACAGAGACUGGCUAGUUUAUCUCUUCUCUGGAUGUAUUUUGCAAUGUCUUUUAUACAUUAGGAAGACAUUUAAUUAACCUAAGCCCAACCCAUUUAUAAGAUAAGAUUUAUUUUGUUGUUGUUUUUGCAUAAAUGUAAAUGUUUGUUUCCAAUGUACAAUUCACUAUUGACAAAACAAAUUUAAAUUAAAACUUGAAACAUUUGUAUUCUGUUUAUAUAGGUAGUAGAUCUCAUGUAUUUAAAUUAUUCUGCUUAACACUGAGCUAGCACACCUUCCAAUGACAUUUAACCCACCACUAUUUGGUUUCAUUUUUAAAAAAUUAACAAGAUUAAAAAAUAUAACACAAUUACUAAGCCAUUGCUCCACUUCACUUAAAGCCCAAGUGGCAGUUCUCUAAAGGCAGAAGAAUAUGGCCACAUCUAAAUUAGUUACAGACAUCAGCACUCUAGGUAACAUGUACAUGUAGACACAAAGUGAAACUAUUCAAGUAAAUAAUUUGAUUUUGUUUUGUCUGUCAACACUUUAUUUUAUUGUUGAUGAUACCAUGUGUCCUAGUUCAGUUGCCUUAGUAAAAAAUCCAAAUAGCUUUUUUUUGUUUUAUUAAAAAGCCAAAAUGUUAUUUUCAUUUCUUGUCUCAAAAUGUCUGCCAAGUUUUUAGUUUGUAUGGAAUCAAAAAUACAACAAUAUCUCAGUCUGAA